UUUGAUCGUCCUUUCCUCCCUCUUUACAAACAAAGAACCGGAACCGACUCUUUCUUUUUGUUACCCAAUCUGGCCCUUAGUGCUUGGAUCAUAAAGCAGCAGCACCAUGGGAAUUCUACUCUUUACGGACGUCGAGGACGACUCGGUGCCAACAAUAUUUUCUAAAAACUUUGUCUCUAUAGUCCAUACCAAUAACCCUUCGGUGGUGCCUCCCACACUACCCCCUCGACAUCCACAUCGGCGGCUGACCCAACACUAUCAGGCGCUUCAACAGCCGAGCCAGGAACCCCAGUUAUUGUACCGUAAUCAGCUUCAACGUCCACCACAGCAGCGACCGAGCCGUCGCAAUAAUGAGCACAGCUCAGAUCUGUCCGAAGAUCGUCGAUCCCCCUCCACACGCGGAACGUCACGUUCCAUUAGCACAUUGUUUCGACACUACCAACAGCAACGGGAGCAGCAACGGGAGCAGCAACGCGAGGGUCAGCAUUUUAACCAGCGUAAUGGUUCGCCCAGACAACAAACCUCAGCAGCUAUGGCUUCCGCCAAGAACACUGGCACCAAUGCCAAUAUCAUUCCUACGAUACCAUCUCGGCCCGCCCGCAUCAUUCCACGGUCAACACCCGUUGGCGAUAACAGUCAUCGACAUUCUGAGGAGCACAGGAGACUAGAGUUCGAACAGCAAGUGGCACUUUACGAGCGGUUCCAGCGCAGACGGCAGCUACAACGCGUCCAAGAGGAGCAACGCAUGCAGUACGAGGCCCAGUUUGCUGCUUCUGGUCACAGAUUUAGAGCACAGGAAAGGCAGACAUCGACUACCGAGCUGUUCUUAACCCCAACAACGGCCAAUUCAGAUAUCAAACAGAGACAUGGUCAUCAGACUGUGGUCCCAGACUUGCUAAGCGCAAGACGGCAUCGCCAUCGCGGUCAAUAUAUUCAUAGCCACCAUCAACGCUUGCCACGCCCUCGACCCGGGCUCUCUACCUCUUCGGGGACCUCGUCCUUACCCUCGACACCAAGCUCGCUCGCGGCAGUGGACACGAGUACCACAACCAUUUCUGAUUCACGCGGCAACAGCAGCCAUCACAGCUCCUCAGCAACAAGUUCAGCGUUUCACAAUGCUGCAUCUUCAACCAUCAUUGUUCAAUUUGUGGAACCAAGCAUGAACUAUAGUGGUGCCGUGCGAAACCAUGAAUCAUUUCGAGAGGCAGCCCGAUUGCUUGGAAUACCGAUGCGCGAGGUGUGCAGCCUGAUGCCCGUAUUGAACGCCAUGUGCUGUUCUAUCGAAGAGCCCGUGGAACUGUGGAAACUAGCCCAGAUUCCCAUCGUCAUACAUUUGUGGAAAGGGAUGUCCACCGCAAACGCAGAUGGUCAUAUUCGCUUGAGUGAACCUGUCUUGGCAAGGGGCAUACAAGCCGAUCACCGUUAUAGUGCUGUUUCCACCCGUGAGCAGUUUCAUCAGGCAGCAUCUGUCGAGAGGACUCGCAGUCUUACGUCUUUUCCAGCGUUUGCUCCCGCUCACGCCUCGUCACCCCUGGCCUGGACCGAGAGAACUCCUGCUCAGAUGGGUAGCACGUUUAACCUAGUUCGAGAGAAUUCAUUGCCCCUCGGGCCGGGUGAGAUGCUCUCAGAAUUGGUAUCAGCAGCUCAAGGGUCACAGGAGCAACGGGAGAGUAGGUUUAAUGAAAUCGAUGCAAGUGGGACUCAUGGCGAAGCACAUCAUAAUGCAGCACCUAUAGUCGCACUUGCGGCAACAGUGGUGAGCGAAGGAGAUACAGACGCAUUGUCCUCUUUGCUCCCGAAUUCUUCUGGACUAUCUCUCCCUUCCUCCUCGCCGCCCUCAUCCAGUCAAGUGCCUUCGCCAUCUGAGGGACCGCGGUAUCCCUACGCUGGUUCAAUUGAUUCGGCUUUGAUGUCGUCUCGUGGCAAUGGCCCUGGUUUAUCGUCGCUGCAGCCCUUCCCUUCAUUUCCAUCGGCGAGGGCGACCAGAAUAGGUUCAGGGGCGGGCUCUAUCCGAUUGCAGGCAUCCCCGAUGAGUUCUCAGCUGUCAUCGUCGUCAUCACCCUCGAUUUCCUAUCUGCUAUCCUCAAUAUCGCCAUCCGCGGACAUCAUCUCUAGCUCGUCAUCCUUGCCCCUGUAUCAAAGGAAGGCCUCUGCCCCUGAUAUCCAUGCACGAGCGACCUAUGAACUAGAGCAUAGAAGGUCAAGGAGAAGGUCUAGGGGGCUAGAGGUGUCAUCGAUCAGGGAUUCAGGAACACAACUCGGCUCAGAAAUGACACGAACUCUGACUGAUUUCAGACAGAAUAAUGCUAUUCCAACAGCUAGGCCAUCUUUUUUGUCUCCACCGCUCUUGGGAUCACGCCGCAGUGCUACAGAAAGGCCAAGCGGCUCUUGGCCAGGGAAUUCUGCAGACGAGGGCUUAACACGACUUAAUGUCGCACGUCUAGGUCCUGAGGAAGACGUACCGCAGCUCGUCUAUCGAGUAACAGAUACGCCAGCUGUGCUCGCUCAUCCCCUGCGGCAGGUAACUCCGACAGAAGGCGUGGUUGGUGAGCCUAGACAGCCCGCUACCGAAGCCUUGGAACAUAUGAAGGGGGAGGAACAAGCAUCAUUGAUCGAGUCGGCCAGUGAGACGCAGGAUUUGACAACAACAAGCAACAUAGGGAGUGACAAACAAUGCAUUGGAUUUACCGACUGCAUACGCCUCGAUAGUGACAUCAGUGGCGAAACGAGCAGGGAUAAUUGCACAAGUGCUGGCAACAUUCCGAACCUACUCCGUACUCACAUAAAAAAUGACAACGUGGUUUACGCCCCUCUGUUGGAGAUCUGUUGUACGACGAGCAGCAUGAACCGUAAUCACUGUCGCGAGGAGAGGCGCAACAGCGUCAGGCAAUUGCCACAGAUACAGAUGCAGGGGGAUGAAAAGGUGAAGGAGGUGGACUGCGGGGGAAGUGAUUGUGCGGACGUACAAGGAACAUUCUAUCCGCCAAGAGGAAUGGAUAUUGACAAGAGUUCGAGGGGCGAGGCAAAUUGUGUCUGCAUUAACGAUUGUAACUGCAUCAGCAAUAUCAACAGCUGCAGUAUCCACAGCAACAUCAACAUCAACAUUGGCAACAUAUCUAUUUAUGACAACACGGGUGCCGGCACGCAAGCUAUCAACAUACUGACAGAGUAGCGGUACGAAUGUAAAAUGGUAAAGUAAAACAAACCAUUGCCACUUGCAUUGCACAGUGGGACAUCGCGAGUGUGAGCCG